ACCAGUCAUCUAUACAAUUAUGACGUUUAAUGUAAAAUAGAGACAAAUAGUCAGUAUAAAAAGUAAAUAAAUCCACCCAAAAUGGGAAUUGGCAGCUGUCGACACGAUUAGCUUAUAAGUCACAACUACUGUCUAUUUCUAUUUGAUUCAAGCCACGACACGACAGUAGGAGAUAAACAGACAGAAUGCUAGUGUUAUUAGUAUUUUGUGUUGGUCUAGGGUAUGUUCAUGGUGAAUUGAAGGCGGAUCCAAAUGGGUAUAUUGUGUACUGUCCGUGUAUGGGUCGAUUUGGUAAUCAAGCUGAUCAGUUUCUUGGUUCGUUAGCUUUCGCUAAAUCGUUAAACAGAACAUUAGUUUUACCACCAUGGAUUGAAUAUAUAAAUCAUCCUUCAUCACGGGUUCCAUUCAAUACGUAUUUUAAAGUGGCGCCAUUAAGAAAGUAUCAUCGUGUUAUAUUGAUGGAAACAUUCAUGAAAAAAUUAGCACCAAUUAUCUGGCCUAAAGGUGAUCGAACAGCAUUUUGUUACAGUGCUCGUCAUGGAAGUUCAGACAAAGAUUCCUGUAAUGCCAAAGAUGGAAAUCCAUUUGGUCCAUUCUGGGAUCAUUUUGGAGUUGAUUUUGAUAAAUCGGAAUUGUUUGCUCCCCUUUAUUACGAUACUGAAAGUGCUCAUGAAAUCCAGCGUUGGAGAGACAAGUAUACACCAGAUAAAUAUUUAGUUCUAGCCUUUGUGGGGCCACCUGCUUCCUUUCCUGUCAAAAAACAUCAUUUAUAUAUACAGAAAUACCUAGAAUGGUCAGAUAACAUUAAUCAAAAAGCGGAAAAAUUUAUAGAGAAAAAUAUAGAACAUCCAUUUGUAGGAAUUCAUCUUAGAACGGGAAUGGAUUUUAAACGUGCAUGUGAACAUAUAGACCAAACACCAACCAUGUUUGCUGCUGCUCAAUGUAUAGGUUAUCGACAAGAAUUUGGUAAAACUACAGAAGAGAUGUGUUACCCUUCACCACAGACAGUUACAAAAGAUGUGAAAGAAUGGGUGAAAAAGAUAAAAGCUAAAACCGUGUUUAUAGCCACUGAUAACAACGACUUUAUAGAUACCAUGUCUAAAACAAUAAAAAAAGUGAAGUUUAUCCGUCAACCGUCACCAUCAAGUCCACAUGUAGAUUUAGCAAUUUUACAGAAAUCAGAUCAUUUUAUAGGGAAUUGUAUAUCUACUUUCACAGCUAUCGUUAAACGAUUCCGUGAUAUUGAGAAAAAAAACUCAUCAUUUUGGGCUUUUAAAAGUAAAGAGUCGAAACAAAAAGAUGAACUCUAAUAUAUAUGCAAUAAUUAAUUUUGUUUUGUUGGUUUUAUUUUUCAUUACAUUUGUUUUCUUUAUAUUUUUUAAAACCCAUUUUAAUUUAAUCAUAUUCUAUGCUCAAGAAUUCUAUCCUCGAUUGCCAAGACAUUUCUUAUUCUUAAAAUAGUUUGAAGUACCACACCCUUGUUGGAAACUUAUAUAAUAUCAUAGCAGUUUGAUAUAAUCUUUGAAUUGCAUUUAGCGAUUAACAUAAUAUAAAACAACACAGUUAUAUGGAUAACAAUCACUAUAUUUAAUACACACAGAAUUUCGACAAGAAUUCACUGGUCGUUAUUUUUGUAUGCUUGAUAACGACCAGUGAAAUCUUGUUGAAACGCUGUGUGUAUUUAAUUAGUGAUUGUUAUCCAUAGAACUGUGUUGUGUUAUAUCAUAGCAGUUCUUCCAUUUAUAUAGCACAAUAUUUUAAACUGCCCUUCGAAUUUGUAAUACUCAAGGCAUGAUUGAAUAUGUAUAUUGAAAGGCUAUGUUUAUAAUCAGCAUUAUUACAAACUAAACCUAUGCAGAUUGAAUAUGUGCAUCAUUCAUAAUACAAAUAUUUAGAGCGAUUAAACAUACAUUAUGCAAGCGCUAAAUCUGCCUAUUGCAGGUCUUUCUUUAGGCCAGAAAUGUUAUCUAAAUUAUUAAUUAGACAUCAAUUAACUUAUCCAGGCCAUAAUCAACUCAAAUGCCAUUUAAAAAUUUAAAUAGUCUCGAAUAUACCAGUGCCCUUUUUUAAAUAAAAAAGAUAAUAAGCUGAAGUAAGUGUAUGUGGAUUGGCCAUAAUAACAGUAUAUUAGAAAUUUGAACUCUAAAGUUUAAACACUCUUAGAUGCUGGUACUAAUAGAUAUAUAGGUAUAUUAUAACAUUAUGUAAUUGAACUAGAAUAUACAGGUCACAGUUCUAUGGAAUACAAUAACUGCUUAUUACUGAGCGACGUUUCGACUAGGCUUCUCUAGUCAUUAUCGAGUAAUGAUUAAAUAUGAAAAUAAAACAAGACAAUAUAUACAUGUAAACAAAAAUACGAUAUUGUCUUGUUAUAUUUUCCUGCUCUAGUCAUUAUCAAACAAUGAUGAAAUACGACAAUAUAACAAGGCAAUAUAUAAAUGUACACAACAAUACUUAGUUAAUGCUGAAUAAACAGAAUUGUGACACCAGUUCAAUUACUAAAUGCCAUUGAAAUAAGAUGAAUAGGUAAUAUAUUAGUGUUAAAUGUCUUUGUUCCAUGUGGUGAUGAAAUCAUUCCAGGUGCUAAUUAUAAUAUAGUUUACUUGUAUAUCGUUUUCAUCCUCAUCAGUAAUCAACAUUUAUAUUUAUAUUCUACAAGUGUUAAUCUUUUAAUUGAUAAAUAUUAAUAAAAUUCUUAGAUAGAUAGAUUUUAUUACAUAAAAGAUCCUUUUCGGGCAGCAUGUAAAUUAUACAUUACGGUAUGCAUGAUACAUACAUGAAGAAAAAUAGAUGAAAAAUACAUUAUAAAGUGGAUGAAAAAUACAUAAAAAUGUUUAUUGAAAAAUAUAUACAAAGUGGAUGAAAGUUACAUAAAAGUGGAUGAAAUGUACAUUUAUAUACAUUGAGGGAGUAUGUACAAAAUAUAAACCAAAGUUAAAAUAAGGCUAACAACUUUGAUUAAAUUUUUAACUUGAGUCUGAGAAUGCUUUGUGAUCUCAGGGCCUGAAUAACAGAUGAACCUUGAGGUGUAGAAUAACAGCUGAAUGAUUGAAAAUGAUCCUUGACAGCUAGAAUAAAUGAUCCUCGAUGUGUGUUGGUUUUAAGAGUUUGUUUUAAUAAAUUGAGGAAAAAAAUGUCAAUCUGUCUCUUUUCAUUUUAUGUGUGACAGUAAGACUUUAUAAUGUAUUACUAGAAUGAUAUUUAAAAUGGAUUUGAUAUAUUGAUUUUUGAAAAUUACCAGGUAUUUAUUGUCCUAUUUAUUCCAUAUGUUACAUACUAUUAUAUCUAUAUACAAUGUUUUAUAAUAGAUUAAUUUGAACAUAUUAUAAUGUCAACCUGAUGGUGUAAUCAAAAUCAAUAAAUUUUAACAAUUUACACUUGCGAGAGAUAAAAAUGGGGGUUUAACGUCCACUUAACAUAAACUAGACAAGGACAGCUGUCUAGUCCUUCGAAUGAGACAAAAAACCGAGGUCCCAUGUAUAUAUUGGAAUGCACGUAAAAGAUCCCCUGGCAGUUGGAAUUCGAUAUAAUAAGAGUAGGCUAUAGUGCCACUGCCCGGGCAAAAUUUCCCUCAUAGUACACUGUAUGGCGUAUGCCCGUCUUUAUUAGCCCAGUAUAGGAGCAGAACAGUAGGACGUUAAACCCCAUUUCAUUUCAUUUCAUUUUGGGACUAACAUAUUGUUCAAUUUAUUUCAUUAAUUUGCUUGGCGUAGGGGUCAUGAGAGGAAACCGGAAAACCUGACGAAAAGCCACAAGGUUGGACAGACAACCCUACUCCUUGUCACGUACAAGCAGAGAAUCGAAACCACACCAGUUGACUCAAUGACAGGCCUUAUAAUGUAAUGCGCACGUGUUAACCAUCCGGCCACCAAACCCCCGUAAUAAAACCCUUAAGAUAUUAAUAUUGCUAUUGCUAAAAAUUAAAAAAAAUCAUGAGCUAUUGUCUAUUUUUUGGGGGAUAGACAAGGAGUAGGGGCACCUGUCCAACCUCGUGUAUUUUCUCUGGGUCUCCAGUUUCCUCCCAUGCUAUAGACCCCUACGCGCAAGCAAAUUAUUGAAAUUAAACUGAACCAUAUGGUAGUUCCAAAACAACCUAGUUUGUGUCAGUGGAGUUAGAACCCCAUCUCUCUCUCUCUCUCACUCUUUCUCUGUCUAUUGUCUAUUUUAUUUAUUUUGACUAUAUGUGAGAAUCUCGUGACUAGAGAAAUUCCUAAAUGUAACGGAAUUCAUUUAAAAACACUGGUCGUUGAAAGUUGAAUUUCUAGGAAUAUUUGUCUAAAUAUGGUUCAAUGCCAUUCAGUAUUCAUAAAGAUCUCAUGAAUUGAAAAUUUGUCAACAAUUGGCAUCCUUAGCAGCGGAAAUAUCGUCUAAAUAGACAUAAAAUAAAUUGGUCAAAAUGGCCUCAAAUUUGGUUGAAAUUAUGUAAAUAUAAAUAACUGGAUCUGUAUUAAAUAACAUAUAUUUAAAUGGUUAUUUUGCUUUUAUAUGGAUGUUACAACCCAUUUAUGCCGGUUUUGACUAACAGUGAUUGUUGCUUUGAUCACAUUUUUGGGCCAUUUUGGUUUACGGCAGUUUCAUCGAUUAGCAAUAUUUCGAUCCCUGCUUUGGCAGAGAAAUUUCAUCUGGAUUUUCCGAGGUGGUUUCCCCCUUGUCAGUGGUGCAGGACGAAGGGUCUGACGAGAACAGCUGUCUAGUCGUUCGGAUGGCACGAAAAACCGAGGUCCCGUGUACACAUUGGCAUGUAAAAAAUCCCCUGGCAGUUGGAAUUCGAUAUAAGAGUAGGCUGUGGCGCCGCUGUCCAGGCAAAAUUCCCUCAUAGCACACUGUAUGGCGUAUGCCCGUCUUCAUUUACAUAUAACCAUGUAUCAUAUUAAUUUUAGUUUUACCAGGAGGGUUUAAUGUUGGUUAGAUGAUGUUAAGUUUCAUAGUAUUCAUACCACUUUAAAUUCUCAUUUUAUACUAUGUAUUAACAACGCUCAUGUGUGGGGUGAUCAUUUGUAGAAAAAUAUUUUCAUUAAAAUAAAGUAUUUUUUUAAACUGA